AGUGUUUUGUUACAGAAUAAUUGGUGAAUCCUGUGCUACCAAAAAUAGAGUGUCUUUUGUCUUUAUUUUUCAUAUUGGUCGCUUAUUUAUUAGAUACAGAUGAUAGCAAAGUUCAUACAAUAUACAAUACUUGGCUUUGCUAUGUCUAAUCAUGAGACAUCUUAUUACUAAGUAUAAUAAAUAUUUAUUAAUAUGUAUAUGCUUGGUUAUUAGCGGAACAUUGCUCAGUUUGGGUCAUAGAGUAACUAGGGAAAUAUCUUAUGCAAAAGUUACAAACCGCGAGACCAACACAGACUAUAAUUCUGAUCGACCCAGAGGCAUUUUCUAUGAUAUGAGCACCCAAGGUAAAGAUGUAUUGCUAGACAAAACGUUAAAUCAAACAACGAAUGAAGAAAAAUUAUUGCAUAAUACUCAAGGAUCAAAAGCUUUAAGAGUGAGAAAAAAAUUCAUGGAACAAAACGUCGUUACCUGCUUAAAUGAAUUUUCUGUAAAGGCCAAACUUUAUGAUACUAGAAAAAAACAUUUGGAAUACGAUUACAUAGAAGUAGAGUCUAAUGAACAGUCAGUUAGCGAACGCGUUGUUAACUUGGGGAGAGUAUUUUUAAAAAAGCCUCGUAUUCGGAUAGGUGUCUACGUAGAAUAUUCAGCAGCGUAUAUAAAGAGAGCAAUAUAUCAACCCAGUCGCGAAAAUAACUCUCGUCAUGUUCGAGUCUUCCCUAAUGAUAUCUAUAAACUAGGUAUUGAUACGCAAUUUGAGCUUUAUUUAUUUUACUGUAAUGACCACGAUGGAUUCAAGAUGUAUGAUAAAUCGAUAGUCAGCACCAUUGAUCAGUAUAAAGAUAAAGCUCAUGAAUUAAUAGAUAGAUCGUAUAGUGUGAAGGGCAGUCCAAGUUUUAAUACCACUCGUCAAUGCCCAUCCAUAUUAAAUGUUAUAAAGACCUUCAAGGAAAAAUAUUUUGAAAAACCUCAUGGCAUUCUGAGCUAUGAUGCUGUAUUUAUCAAUCUAAUCACGGCAAUAGAUAAUAAUGCACAAGAAAAGGAACUAGCUAAUGCCAAAGUUGAGGAAUUAGGAGAUUUGUCAAUAUACCUUGCUAAGCAUAAUCAUAUGAAUGAUCUAACUUUUGAUUUGUAUUACGUGAAUUUUUUAGAUCAAAUCUCGCAACUAUUACCAAUUGAGCGUGGUGUGAUGUAUUCGCAGGCAUCUCCGUUUUCCCUUAUCCCCAUGUUCUAUUCCUAUAAUUAUUUGCCUCAAGGGCCGUAUAUAGACACGCAAAAACUACAUACAUAUGCUUACGAAGAAAAUGAUCUUUUGAAAGACUUAAAUAGAACAGCAUCCAAAUACUCUGUCCUUGUAGAAGAGAUCGAUGUCAAUUCUUCGCAUAAAAAUUAUUCACAUAAUUUUGACCAACUAAUGAAUGAAAAAUUAAAUAGGAUCGAAUCUGAAAUUCAGAACAGGAAUCAUGUAACUAAUAUAACCAGGCAGACGAAAAACCAUCUUCGAGAAUUUCAACUAAGACUGUACAUAAGAGAUGACGAGUUUCCAUCCGAUAAGACAAUAUAUGUUGCUAUAGCUGGAUACGAAAGGAUUGCAGUCCGCUAUAAAACAGGAUUUAACAUAAGCACCUAUAGCAAAAUUAUUAUCAAUAAUCCAACUAAAACACUACCUGCUAUUCCGCUACCUUACGUUCAGUACAAUAGCGAAUAUCUUGUCCAUUCUACUACACCGAAUGUAUUCCAAUACAGCGUUUAUAACAAUCAAACAAUUAAGAAUAACACUGUUAUACCAGCUGGUUACAAAGAGAUAGUGAUAAAUCCUUAUUACGUACCGAACAUUAACACUACUCUAUUUAUUAAACUCUAUGUGAAUAUCUCUUGCAACCAGCCACCUGCGCUGUUCGAGUACUCAAUCGAUAUCUUAUGGGAUUCCCAUUCUUAUCCCCUCUCCCCGAUUCAACAUAAUCUCGUCAACACUGAGUAUACAAUUGAGCCUGGAGAUUGCGACUAUGGAGCCUGUAUACUAAAUUUUUCAAGGAUACUAGAAUCUCGUUCACGAUUUAAUAAGCUUCAGUAUGUUGUUUCAUUCUCGUCAAAAGAAAAUGGCUACAUAUUAGGCUAUCAAAAAAUUAUUCCUCCAGAGGAUUCAAAUAAGCUUGCUGUAGUGGGGAAUGACCAAUGUCAGAUCUAUUAUUACAGUCCGACAGCUCAUGAUAUCAUUAGUAGAAAGGACCUAAUGACUUUUAGAAUUUGUAAUGUUGGCGUCAGAGACUGCAAUGAAAAUAUCUUCAAAGUGAAAUUUGGCACCGAAGCCCUGCAAACGCUAUCUGAUAUGCCACUGCUGGAAAUAAAGCUAAGUAACGGGUCUAAUGCCAAUAAUUUUAUCAUAAAAGUAAUGGGCUUCAAGACAGGUAAAGUAGAUUUGUAUAUGUAUAGCGAUACUACAAAUCAGUACAUUAUUACUGAUAGUAGAGGCCGUAAACUGACAGGAGACAGACCCUGUUUGAGAUCUGCACCUUGCAUGCUUAUAUCGAAAAUAAAUACCGCAAAGGAUUACGCAAUAUUAUACAGAUUAACUUGGAAGCUGCUAACUAGUUCGCCCAGUCAGCAAUGCACACAAUGUUAUACGUAUUUUUUCUUGAAAGAGCGCACUCCGUCAAUCUAUGAUGCCGAGAGAACAUUUAUUCAUUAUCCAGUCAUCUUGGGCGGUUCGCAGCCAAGCCCUAGCGAGGAAAAUAUAGUCAUGACCUACACUAUGAGAGAUCUAUCACAUAAUUUUAAUGGGUCAUCGGUGAUAGAGAUAUCUGCUAUAGGGUCUGGAUUAGACCACAGACCUGAUACUCUAGAUUUUGUAUUCAGUCAGGUGCCUACUCAUGGAGUACUAAAAUUGGUACCAGGUGGCCAAAACAUCAAAUCCAAUGUGACCUACAUCAGCAGACCAAUUCUAAAUAACAUCAGCAAUGUUCGUGGCUCGAAGCUAACUAUUCACUAUCAUCAAUAUCUAUCCUUCCGCAAAGUUUCUGACGAAUUCAAAGUGCAUGCAUACGACUCCUUCAAGAAAUGUAAGUUGUCUACUUUACUAGUCCAGCUGAAAACAACAGUAUCAACCCCAAGUAUAUUAGAGCAUUCGGUAACUCUAGAAAACAAUAAUAGACAGUAUUUUUGGGUUCCGAAUUACGUUUGUAUUCCCUCUUCGAGAAUACAAGUAACAAGUCACGGUAAUCAGAACAUAAAGCUGUACCUUUAUUAUCGACAAGACGAAAAAGACCGCUUUAUUGAAUUAGUACCAGAGACCCCAGUUCAGUUUUCCUGCCCAUCUGAUGGACCAAGCAAACUGAAAUUUAUUGCCGGUACAAAUUCAAAAGAAUAUUCAUACAUCCUGGGCAGACCACAAAAACUAUAUACCAAAAAAAAAAUCACAAUAGAAGAAGACAGAAAAAGUGUUGUGCAAUACUAUAUUAACUUUUAUAUAUGCCAUGUACCAAGUCCUGCGAAGAUAACUGAUGUGCUUCAAUCUUUGUCUCCUGACAAGUAUUUUGGCAACAUCGAUUUGGUUGUCAAGGAUGACAUCGCUGCCGAUCCCAAUUCAUUAAAUACACUUGUAACUGUAGGUGUCAAUGAUUACAUGAUCUUUUUUCGUGAUAGCCAGUUUCAAGAACAAGUAAGAUAUCAUAGAGAAUUUGAAGUCAAUGGCACAAGUUUAUAUUACUACAAAAUUCACUCACCAAAAACGGUUGAAGUUCUGCUGAAUGCCACAGUCUCAGUAAGAAAUUCAUUUGGAUUAGUUUCUGAAAAGAAAACAUUAAUUAUCAUGAAUGAUUUCAGUAAAAUUGAGCUGAUUUAAAAAUGUGCUGUCACUCUACUUGACUGUAGUCGUCAAUAAGCGGGUCCGACAUAAGUUGGACCACUUGCUUCGAUAUUUGUUACAUAUGUUAUAUAUGCAAGGGAUGUACACCCAGAAAUUCAAAUAAAUGAAUGCAUAAAGUGGUCUUAAAAUUUGAAACAUACAGGCUGAUCUCCGCGAUAUUACACAUUACCUAAUUGUUGUGGUGAAUAAUUGGGUACUCAAUUAAAUUAACCUGACACUAAGCACAAUUAUAUUGGUAUCUAUGCAUUGAUAAAAUAAUUGCUUGUACAGGGUAAUAUAAUUUUCAAAUAUUCUGUACC